GCGGCGCCGCGGGCCAGUUGCGCGGAGAGCGCGGGUCGGACCGCUGGGCGCGCGGAGGGCUGGGCGCGCGGAGGGCUUCGGGCAGGCGCCGAGGGACCUUGCCGGGCCAUGGCACCCCCUAUCAAAGGGAAAAGGAAGCAGUCAGAGGAGGGUGAUCCCCUAGACCCAUCUGUGUCCCCUCAACCUGAUGGAGAGCAGAGCAGGAGCCAGAGCCCCGUCCAUCUGGAGGACUCCCCCGAGGCAGGCGGGGAGCGGGAGGAGGACCAGGAGCGGGAGGAGGAGCAGGCCUUCCUGGUCAGCCUCUACAAGUUCAUGAAGGAGCGACACACGCCCAUCGAGAGGGUGCCCCAUCUCGGCUUCAAGCAGAUUAACCUGUGGAAAAUCUACAAAGCAGUGGAGAAGCUGGGGGCCUAUGAGAUGGUGACCGGCCGCCGCCUCUGGAAGAACGUGUAUGACGAGCUGGGGGGCAGCCCGGGCAGCACCAGCGCAGCCACCUGCACACGCCGCCACUACGAGAGGCUGGUGCUCCCAUAUGUGCGGCACCUGAAGGGGGAGGACGACAAGCCACUGCCCCCUUCCAAGCCCAGGAAGCAAUACAAGAUGGCUAAAGAGCCUCGGGGGGAUGACGGGACCACUGAGAAGCCAAAGAAGGCCAAGGAAGAGAAGCGGUUGGAUCAGAUGGUGCCAGGAAAGAUGAAAACAGAUGCUGCCCCUGACCUGGCACGGCUUCCCAACCAGGAGGCCCCCAGGGAGGGCCCAGAACAGCCAGGCCCGGCCCUGGGGCCCUCUCCACCCUUUGGGGGUGCCAGCGGCUGCCCUGAGGCCUACAAGCGGCUCCUGUCCAGCUUCUACUGCAAAGGAACACAUGGCAUCAUGUCACCACUGGCCAAAAAGAAGCUCCUGGCCCAAGUGAGCAAGGCAGAGGCCUUGCAGUGCCAGGAGGAGGGCUGUCGCCAUGGGGUAGGCAGCCCUAAUGGGGACCCCCAGGCAUCCCCUGCCAUUCUCCUGUCGGAAAGUCCUCAGAGCCCAGGAAAGCCAGCUGAGAACUCCAGGCACCGGCUAACCCCUCCGGAGGGGUUACAGGCCCCUGGUGGCAGCCUCAGGGAGGAGGCUCAAGUGGGUCCCCGCCUACCAGCCCCCAUCUUCACUGGCUGUUUCCACGCAUACCCCACUGAGGUGCUGAAGCCCGUCAGCCAGCACCCCCGGGACUUCUUCCCCAAUUUUAAAGAUGGGGUGCUAUUGGGGCCCCCUGGCAAAGAGGAGGGCCUGGCAGUCAAAGAGCCCCAGCUGGUGUGGGGCGGGGAUGCCAACCGCCCGUCUGCAUUCCAUAAAGGCAGCUCUAGAAAAGGCAGCCCCUACCCCAAGCCCAAAGCCUGCUGGGUGUCCCCGAUGGCCAAGGCCCCUGCUGAGAGCCCUGUUCCCCUGUCUACCUUCCCUAGCAGCCCCGGCCUGGGUACCAAGCGCAGCCUGGAAGAAGAGGGCUUUGCCCAUGGUGGCAAAAAACUGCGGGCAGUGUCUCCCUUUCUUAAGGAGGUGGACGCCAAGGAGUGUGGGGCCAAAUCUAUGGGGUCUGGUGUGGCCGUGUCCUGCCUGCUGGGCCCAGCGCUGGGGCCUGCCCUCCCUGAGGCCUACAGGGGCACCAUGCUGCGGUGCCCACUGAACUUUGCUGGCACCCCGGACCACUUAAAGGGCCAGGCCACUCUCCCCUUCAGCCCCCUGGUCAUCCCUGCCUUCCCGGCCCACUUCCUGGCCACCACAGGGCCCUCACCCAUGGCCACGGGUCUGAUGCACUUCCCCCCGUCAUCCUUUGACAGUGCCCUUCGCCACAGACUUUGCCCAGCCUCGUCUGCAUGGCAUGUGCCACCUGCCACAACCUAUGCAGCACCCCACUUUUUCCACCUCAACACCAAGCUUUAGGUUGGAGCUUGCAGUACUGUGCUGUGCUGUGUGGGGUCUGAAGUGGCCUGAGAUGAGUAGGCACUGCCAGGGGUCUGGGCUGGAGCCUGUUCCCCAGGAGAGCUUGGCUGUCCCCAAUGCAGGAACGUACCCCUGUCUGGGCAGCCUGGCACAAAGAGGGAGGCAGUGGGAAAACUGGGUUUGUCUCAAGGAAGCAACCCAAGCCUGGAGCCCCAGUUGUGGCAGGGCCUUGGGAGAAGACGGUGCCUGGCUGGCAGCUCCCAGCUAGGUCCCCAGAGCAGAAGCCAGGAACGUGCAGAAGGGCUGAGGAGCUGGUUAGCAGCUUGAGGUGUCCAGGCUGCCCAUGGAAAAUCCAAUAAAAGACCAAUGUGAAUCCACUCAGCCCUGAGGUGUG